UCAAAUGCGGGCUAUGCUGGAUCAGCUCAUGGGAACGGCCAGAAAUGGUGAAUCCAACCGGUACUCGACCAAGUUCUACGACAACAAAGUAUGUAAAAGUUUUUUGUUAGGCUGCUGUCCACAUGAGAUCCUUGCUUCCACGACACGACAGCGCUACUUUUCCUCCAAAACUGAAUCUCUAUAGUUGCUUGUUCUUUGGGGAUCUCCUCCGGAUAGGGUUCCGAUAGAGACAAUUUAGCCGAUGAUCGGUUCGUUUGCGUGUCUAUUCCGACGGCAAAAGGCCUGGGUCGAGUGAGUUCGUGUUACCUCGCUCCAGGAGCGCAUAAAAGCAUAUCUGGAUGGUCCCGCACGAUGGAAUCAGUUGAGCCCGUAUGGACCUCGGAGAAUGCCCCAAAGUGCACGAUCUUGCCCUGCGAGCUGAUUAUGAAAAUGCUUCCAAGAGCAAGGACUACUACUACGAUGUGGACUCCAUGGAACACCUGCAGGCAUUCAUCGCGGAUUGCGACCGGCGAACGGAGGCGGCGAAGAAACGGCUGGCGGAAACCCAGGAGGAACUGACGGCGGAAGUGGCAGCCAAGGCCAACGCCGUGCACGAACUGGCGGAGGAAAUCGGUAAGAAACUUGCUAAGGCAGAAGCUCUAGGUGAGGCAGGUCAGGUCGAGGAAAGUAUGAAGCUGAUGUCGGAGAUCGACGAACUGCGGGCGAGGAAGACCAAGGCCGAGCACGAGUACCGGAGUGCCAUUCCGGCCAGCAGCUACCAGCAGCAGAAGCUGCGAGUCUGCGAAGUGUGCUCGGCCUACCUGGGAAUCCACGACAACGACGUUCGGUUAGCGGAUCAUUUCGGCGGUAAGCUGCAUCUAGGAUUUCUUGCAAUUCGCGAAAAGUUAAUUGAGCUGGAGAAAACUGCCGGUCCGAGGCAGAAGGAGCUGCGCAAAAAUGGCCGUCGCGAUGGUGGCUUCGAUGAUGAUCGUCCUCGAUCGCGGUUCGUCGGCAGUCGCGAGCUGGACAGAAGAUCAAGGGCUCUUGUUCGCGAUAAGGAUCGUGAUCGACGUGAUAAUCGUGGCGAACGCAAACGAUCGUCUGAGCGAACCGAGCGAUCGGAACGAACGGAGCGAUCGGACCGAUCAGAACGAUCGGAACGUCGUCGAUCGAAAAGCCGUGAACGGCGUUCGCGUAGUCGCGAUCGUCACUCACGCGAACGGGACCGUGACCGGCGGGAUCGCGAUCGCGACCGCGGUGAUCGUGACCGUCGUCGUCGUUCGCGCUCCAGGGAGAGAUCUAGACGGUAAGCAUUGACCUUUAGCUACUUCUACUACUACUACCACAAACAGAACAUCAGGACAUAAAUGUGCAAACAUUACAACGGAUGCCGGGAGUUUACGUCCAGGAGGAAGGAGAAAGCAGCUGAUCAGCUUGAAAGCCGUAAGCAAUACCCCAUUUAAUUCAUCUAAAACGAUUUAAAUGUUUCUCCGAUUCUCUUUUCUUCUGGUGUACUAACAGUUGUAAAAUAUGAAGAAGUGUUUUAUGUGUAGUGCAAAAAAAAAGAAGGAAUGAUUCGCAUUUGUAUGGGUAUAUGCCGGUUUACCCAACAAGUUAACAAAAUUAUCAAACGAAGAUACAACAAAAGCAGAAGCAAAAUAGUAGAAAUUUUAAAUUCAAAUGAACUGUUCUAUUUGUAAAAAUCAAGUGGCUGCGUGACGAGUUUUCGAUUAUUUUGUCGACCGAAUCAAGUUCUCAUCAGGAUGUCUCAUGUUUCGCUCAGCAGUGCGCGCGUGCGUGCCGCCGGUGUGUUCUAUCAGGAAACCAAUUCGACUUUCGGUAAGAAUGCUUUUUACUUUUCAUUUACGUUUUUUUAUGAUUUCCUUAGUUGGUAGAUUGUAAACAAUUGUGAGAAUUGUAAAUUCUUUCCUGAUAAAAUUCACCUACCUCGUCGGUACAGGAAGCUCUGUAAUAGUUUAUUAUUUCUUAUCAUUACUUAUCAGUUUUUUUAAAUAAUGAGUACGGAUCAAUAGAUGCUCGGUUCGGGCUAUUUCGUUGAUUGUACUAAUGAAUGUUUAUUCAAUUUCAGCAAAUACAGAUUAGAAAGUUUUAUUGUUGUACUGAAUAAAUAAAAGUAAUUCACCAUUCUUACAGCCCAAUAUAUACACACAUACAUCCCAAUAAAAUGAUCGUGCUUAGCUCCUAAGUGUAGACUUUUCCGUUUAUAUGGAUAAUGAAUAAAAUUGCUACAAUUACUAUUACAUAGGUGUACAUCUGGAAACAGACUAUUGAAUACUGAAUAAAAGGGUGAAUCAAUUUCAAA